UAUAUAUAUAUUUCACUGGGAAUUGUCAAUAUAUCAUUGGGAGUCAUACAAAGUUGCAUCAUAAUGCCGCCAGCAUGAAAACAAACAUCUCUGCUGGAAUUCUAAAAGAGCAAACAAUGACAAUAGCAAUACGUUUUGGUGGUGGUGGUGAUAAAGAGAAGGACGUAAUUAAAAACUGCUGCUGACUGGCACAAACUAGAUGUAAGAUCCAGUCAGAUAUAUAUUAAGAUUAAUAUGUAGAUUAUUUUAAAAACACAUGCAAAAUUACAUUGUCACUCAUUUCAAACAUAUAUCUUUUGGAAAUGGCUAAUUCACCUACUCAAAAAUAAUAUUAGGUGUUACAGAAAUGACACACAUUUUGUCAUGUCAUGAUUUGAGUCGGUUGCGAUAGAUAAACUAGCUUCAGUCAUGUAAUGUUGUUGUUGUCGCCUCCCAGUGGAUGCACGGAGUAAUGACCACAUCCCAUUAGUCAAACGUCAUUCUCCGGUUCCUUUCCGGCUUCCGUACCUUUCAUCAAGCUACACAUGUGUAGUCUCUCAUUUCCGAAAAUGCGAUUUCAUUUUCAAAACAAAAGUAAUGUAAUACAAUAAAAUUUAGAAAUAAAUAUAAUUAAAAACCACGUGACUGUGUGUAAGUAGUGGAAAACACAAUUAAAUGAUUCGAUUGACUAACUAGAAUAAGAUAAGGGAAUAAAAUACAUGUAUACAGCUUGUUUAUUUGGUGCAAAAGCUGCAUUUUGAAAUUUCUAAAGAAAUCUUUCAACAGUAUGGUUAGCGUGACAACCGUGUCGCACUAAGUAGUGUUGGGGGUCUGUGAGUGUUAAGAACUUUCUGUUACCUUUCUCUAUCGUACAUAACUAACAAAAGGCUUUUCAAUUGUACUUAAAAAUGGACCUCGCCUCGCUUACGUUAGCUUAGCUUAUGAAGGACAGCAGCCCGAGUGGCGUCUUCUUUUCAUCAGCGACGUCCUCACGUACGUGUCUCCGCUCCGCUGCUGUUAUGGGACUUUACCAAAGAAAUGCUCAGUUUGACCCACUGUAGCGACGUGAUAAAAGUUAGGCUAUGACGACGAGUUCGCGUUCAACGUCUCACACUUGAAUGGCUGACUGGUAACCUGUGUCACCAUGCCGAGUCAAAGCCCGUCGUCCCUGCCGCUGACAGUGACUGUCCUGGCCGCCCUGUGGGUCAGUGUGGGUCGGUGCGGUGUCUCCGAGUCUUGGGGGCCAGGAUGUGACAACGGAAAGCUCUCUUUGGAAAUGGACCUGCUCACGGAUCUUUAUCUGGACUGUUCAGUAUCUGCCUGGCAGCAUUCUGCUCAGAUGCAGCCCAGCAUUGACACAACAUAUGGUCCUGAGCCUGCCAGGCAGAUGUGUAUGAAUAAACCCAUCUCCUACAAUCACACCAUUCCCAGCAGUGGAGCGUACAGACCAGUCGGGGCAGAGAGUGGGGAGUACUGGUUCUGCCCUCCUCAAAGGUGGCUCAAUAAUCUACAGCACGGAGCUAUUGUUCUGCUGUAUCAUCCCUGUGUUUCGCUGCAUGAGCGCCACCUUCUGUCUGUCCUGGCACGCUCCUGUUUGUCAGACUACAUCAUUACCCCACAUCCACGGCUCAAACAGCACAUGCCAAUAGCUUUGGUGUCCUGGGGUCGGACUCUGGAGCUGUCUGCAGUAGCCUCCGCAGACGUCUGUGACUGGCUGGAGACCACAGCAAGCACAAGAAAUAAGCUCAGCGGCGGGAAGCACAUCAGAGAAUACAAUCUGCUGUUAACCUGGCCAGCUAACCAGCACCGGCUGCUACGCACACAUCCAGAUGAACAGCAGUCGAUGGAAGUGAAGGAGUCUCUGAGGCGAUGUUGUGAGCAGACCAUGUCUUCUCUGCUUAAUGAAACAAUGGAGGCGGAACUGGAGUCCAGUGUGAAGAAGGAAAGCUUGAACAUAAAGGAAGGGAGAAGCCGGCAAAUAAGAGCUGCUAUCACUGAAGUACAGAAAAAUGCUGGGAACAAGGGAAACAACAAAACGCACAAAUCAACCAACCAGACCAACACAGACAGAGUCAGAAAUGCAGGGGGUAUCCAGAAUUACAACAACAAGCUCAGACAAUCAGAGGAUUCUCAUCCGCAAAACAGAAAGCUCUCAGAUCCUCCUGGUCCAAAGGAAGUGCCCUCUCAGUCCGAGAUCCAAAGUCAGAAUCAGAGCCUUACACAGACCACAAUUAAAAGUGAUUCUUUAGCAUCUGAUGCUUCCGAGUCACAGAAAAACCUGACUGAGACAGCAGCACAACAUCCAGAUCUCAAAAACACAGAACCGCAAACUGGCAGAGAUGUGAAGCCUGAAGGUAACAAAACUGUGAGGCCUGAAGCCCUGGUUUACAGUUUGAAAGAUGAGGGCACAGACUCUAAAGAGAAAAACUAUGAUAAACAUAUGGCAGCAGGUGGGAAAAUGAAGGACAAUGAACUUGUAGAUGUAAAAGAGAGGGAGUUGGACCAUAAGCAAACACCCCACAGUGCCACAGACUCUCAACACAAAAGUGAAAGCAGUGGCUUUGAUUCUCUUUCCAAAUCCCAUUCGGCGUCUCCUCCCCAGCCUCAACAACCCGAUGCCCGAGCUGCUGUUGUGAAACAGGGGUUGCCGAGGACCCCCAGGACAGAUGAGGCAGUGUGGGCGGCAGCAGCACUGGGCUUCCUGUUGGUUCUCCUGACACUGUCCGUGCUUCACACUCGCCUGUACCGCCACUGGAGGACCAUGCCCAGUCUUUACUGGCAUGACCCACAGCAGGACUAUGAUAGCGUGGCGGAUGUGAUCCAGAGGAGGCAGCAAAUUGCCAAGAGGAGGCGGAAAAGGGGCAGAAGAAAGGAGUGUGUUCUCCUGCCGAGUUCCUCCAGCUCGGAUGAACUUCCGUAGAAAAAUGAAGGAAACAUUCCCAAGAAUUAUGUUUGGGGUGUGGAGGAGGUGAAGAGUAAAAUGUCCUUGAGAACAGAACUUGGCGUGAAGGAUGAGACUGUGAUUUGUCAGAAGACACAGAAGGAUUGUCACUUUUACAUCUCCUUGUGAAGAAAGCCAUGAAAGGGAGAAAUAAAAACAGAUUGUGACCCUCCAAAAGGAGUGCUGUAUCAUGAACAGCCUGGAAGCAAAUUGUCUGUACAUAAAAGACGAGCUGAAGUGACUAAAACUCCGUCGUCCAGUCCAUUAAACCCGGAAAGAUGUGGCAUCUCACUCCAAUAGAAGCUCCGGGGUUUUUUUCAGUGCAUUAUGACUUUUAUACAUUUCAUCUUCUUCAAAUACUUUCCAUCUACUCAGUCUGCUCCACAGCACUCGGUGUAAAUAAACACAUUUUCACACAUGCAUGUACAGUAAAUGACAAUAUUAAGUCUCCAUGUUUCAGCCCAGAGAUAGUUUUUAUACUUUUCUUUUUUGUAAGGACUAGUUUGGAAACAUGUUACGGUUUAGGUUGUGAGGUUAGACACUGUGUGUCACUGAAUGGUGCAAACAUAAGAAUUGCUGUAUUUCUUUGCAUAGAAAAUAAAUAAACCACUGACACAAGUAUUGA